AUGGCACUAAAGAUGUCCAGUAAUUCAUACGAACAUGCCUCUUUGCUUCAACAUCCAAAAAGGAAGCAGAAGAGAAUUCUACCAACUACCAUCGUUUUGAUCAUUUUGACGUUUAUCAUUUACAGAUUAACAUCAAAUAAUAAUGAACCAUUUUUCGAGGCCAAAUCAAAGAAGAAAAAUGUCAUAUUCUUUGUUUCUGAUGGUAUGGGUCCAGCAUCUCUCUCAUUGACAAGAUCAUUUAGACAGUACUCCCAAAAUCUAACUAUAGAUGACAUUUUAACUUUAGACAAGCAUUUAAUAGGCACAUCAAGAACACGUUCUUCAGAUUCUUUAAUCACUGACUCGGCUGCAGGUGCCACUGCAUUUUCUUGUGCAUUGAAGACUUAUAACAGUGCAUGUGGGAUUGACUCUAAUAAAAACCCAUGCGGAACCCUUUUAGAAGCUGCACAUCUUGACGGUUUAUUAACUGGGAUGGUGGUCACAACCAGAAUUACUGAUGCUACACCGGCUGCAUUUUCAUCUCAUGUAGAUUAUAGAUUUCAGGAAGAUUUAAUCGCUGAGCAUCAAUUAGGGUACUAUCCUUUGGGAAGAAGUGUGGAUUUAAUCAUCGGUGGUGGUAGAACUCAUUUCUACUCAACUGCCCCCGGGGGAAGUAGAAAGGAUGGGAGAAACUUGAUUGAGGAAGCCAUCGAUGAUGGCUGGCAAUACGUGGGAAACCGUGAACAAUUCGAUCAAUUACAAAUGGGUAAGAAUGUAAGUUUACCAUUGUUGGCACUAUUAGCCGAUGGUGAUAUCCCAUUUGACCUUGAUAGAGAUGACACUAAGUAUCCAUCUUUGGAAGAACAAACAUUAACAGCAUUGAAGGCAUUAAGUGAAGCAACUGAGGAUUCAGAUAAAGGGUUUUUCUUGUUAGUAGAAGGUUCAAGAAUCGAUCAUGCAGGACAUCAAAAUGAUCCUUCAGCCCAAGUAAGAGAAGUGUUAGCCUUUGACAAAGCAUUCAAUUCUGCAUUAGAAUUUAUUAAUGAUUUAGACACUGAAACAAUCAUAUUAUCUACUUCAGACCAUGAAACUGGUGGAUUAGUCACUGCCAGACAAGUCACGAAAGAGUAUCCAGAUUAUGUGUGGUACCCUAGCUACUUGAAUAAUGCCAAACAUUCUGGUGAAUUCUUGAAAUCAACUGUGUUAUCCUACAAUGCGGAAGAACACACCAUGAAUGAAAAAGAGGAUUUUGUUAGAUAUGAGAUAUUGGAAAAUUUUUUAGGCAUACAUGAUUACCAAGAGGAAGAUGUCAAAGAAUUGGCAACAAUGACAAAUCCAAUUGAUAUUCAAAGGAAGAUAAACUAUAUGAUUUCAUAUAGGGCUCAAAUUGGUUGGACUACUGAGGGUCAUAGCGCAGUCGAUGUUUAUAUCUACGGGUAUUCCAAUAGAAAAACUUCUUGGUUACAGAUUCUGGAAAAUCUACAAGGUAAUCAUGAAAAUAUUGAAAUUGGCCAAUUCAUUAAGAACUAUUUGAAGUUAGAUUUAGAUAAGGUUACUAAAUUGGUUAAAGAUACGGAUCAUUCACCAAAGUUAUCAACCAAGGAAGUCGAAGAGCUUCCUUUGUUCGAUGAGUAUAUGCACCAGCUUAAAAACAACUGA